UUUCCUAGAGGACGAGCGUGCAGUUGUACCGGGGGGUGUACGUGUGUGGAGAAGUUGAAUAAUGGAAACGGCAAACAAGGAGCAAGCGAUGGUGUGUCUAAGAAAAGCGGAGAAGGCGAGAGACGACGGAGACUUGGAUAAGGCGAUGCGGAUGGCAGAAAAGUCGCUAAAACUCUACCCCAACGACAACCAGAAAGCCAAGGAUUUCCUGAGUGAGCUUGAAAACUGCAGGGAAGCGGGGGAAGGGAGAGGAGGGGGAGGGAAUGAGGGUGUGAGGCAAAGACAAAGUGAUGGAUGCCCAGAAGAGGAGGAGGAGGAGAGGGGAGGAGAAGGGGAAAGAGCUAACCACACACCAGAACAAGGAGAGGCAGUAGAAAGUGUUCUACGUUGCAGAGACUACUAUGAGGUACUGGGGGUGUCUCGAGACGCCAGUGAGGCAGAUCUCAAGAAACAGUACAGGAAACUGGCCCUCCAGCUCCACCCCGACAAGAACAGAGCUCCCAAGGCAGACGAGGCUUUUAGAGCGGUGAGCAAUGCCUACGGAGUUUUGAGUGACAAAGACAAGAGAAAAAGGUACGACAUGUACGGUGAGAGCGGGGUUCGUAGGUCACAGUCAGGGGGCGGAGCCUCGUUCCAUCGUGGUUUCCAUGGUGACCUGGACCCAGAAGAUCUAUUUAGAUCAUUCUUUGGAGACAAUUUCCAUUUCGACGACAUGUUCAUGGACAUUCCUAGAAGAAGACGAACUCAUUUUUCCUAUCACCAUGGCAACAGGAGAGAGCCACUCAGUGGUUGGUUUCAGCUGUUCCAAAUGAUGCCCGUCUUCCUCAUCCUCUUCCUAUCUCUGUUCAGCACCUUUAUCUACCCAUUCCUCUAUUCUCCUCCAUACCAGUUCUACCGCACCAGCUCACAUCCUGUUGAGAGGUACACUAAACUGCACAGUGUUCCCUACUUUGUUAAGGAGUCAUUUGGUCAAGAAUACAGCACUGCUGAAGCCGUUAGGAAACUGGAGAGAGAUGUGCUGAGUGUAAGGAAGCAGGACCUGAGGGAGGAGUGCUAUGCAGCCAGGAGAAGACAGGGAUUCAGGGAUGUGCCGAAAGACAAAAUGCCGAAGUCUUGUCAGGAGUAUCGCAGACUGACUAGCAGCAAAACUAGAGGAUAGCCACACUAUUAUGGUAGUAGUAAAUAGAGCUCUUAUUAUUAUAUCUGGUAAGGUUGCGAAGAAACAUUUGCGACAUGCACAAAAACGAUAACCCUUCUAAAUUGCCUUUUUUUUACAGGUUCACGAGUAAACGAAAUGA